AUGCCAUGCUUCAAGGGUCUCGCCGUGAGUAUACACACUCCGGAUGGCCCGAUUUCCGAGUAUUCGAUCCAACGCCAGUCUCGGGCCUCUCGCAUAGCUUGCUUCAUUCCCGUACCGCCUCCCAAACUCCCCGACACCGCUACUAGCAAGCCCGAGCAAUCGACCUUUGCCAUUUCGAUCACACUACUGAACCCCGGCCAAGAUGUACCCUACUCCGCCCCGAAGUCGACUCUCGAUAACCCGAUGCCGAAACCCAAGAUUGUCGGAGGGUUACCGGGCCAAACGGAAGAGCGGGGACAAUACUCAAGCAUGGUUGCUCCGUAUCAGGCGCUGACCAACUCACCCAACGAGACGGUCGCUGCUUACAUAUACUUUGACGGACGACAAAAGGAGGAGGUGGCCACGCUCCUCCGAAGAGGAGAGGAGACCUGGGUCAACUCUCGAUGGGUCAGUGUUCCCGAUUCGGAGGGAGGGGGUCUGGCCGAGCGGGAAUUUCUCUUCCGUGAAGUCGGACUAGAGCGAUGGCUCAACGGACUAGACCUGGAGGGCAAAGAUGCGGCCGCCAAAAUCGAAAGGCGACGACAGAAGAUCGAGAAGCGCCGCUUAAAGCGACUGGCAGAGCAGAACGGUGAUCUGGAAAUGGAUUCCAAACGUGACAAGGGGAUCAUGCGGUAUGGCAACGACGAUAAAUCCCCGCUGGAGGACAUCUCCGACGAGGACAUGUCCUUCUCCGAUUCCGACGACGACCCGAUUCCCGAAUCGGCAGGCCAGAUUAAAGUGGCCUUGUUUCGCGUAUUGGCCUCGGGCGAGAUUAAGCGCGGGGAGUACUCGCCGCAAUUUGACGCCCAUGACGACGACGACGAAGGCCAGAACGGACAAAACAGUAAUGGCGGGGCCGACGCGGACAUCGACCAUACUACGAGCUUUGCUAAACCAAAGUCGCUUGAUCCCAAAUCGAUCAGCACGCAGACGGUGACGGGGAUUGAUCCUUCGGACAAGCCCUACGCGAUCUUUACCUUUAUGUAUCGAGGCGAACGACAACUACAGAAGAUGAAGAUCAUGAAGGACCCCAAAGCCCAAGAGACACCCGGCCCAACGAAGCGCAGAUCCCUACAGCCUGACUUUGCCAACCUUGGGCCUUUGAAACCCGGCGGAACAGUCGGUUUCCUAAACUUCCGGGAUAGUGCAGAGAACAAAGGCAGAAAAGACAAGAAGGGAGCUGCCGACGACGAGAUGGACAGUGACGAUGACGAUGACGAUUCGAUUCUGGGUAAAGCCGACGACGAAGAGGCCAAGGAUCAGGACCGACCGCUGUCCCCUGACGACCUGAGGCGCCAGGGUGAACUCGCCGAGGGGCUUCGCCAAAUCAAGUUGAAACGCCAACAUUCGUCGGCGUCGCUCGGGGUCAACACCCCGAAGAGCGACGCGGCCAGUCCCCAGCCCUCCGGAGAGACACCGUCUAACGUCUCGACAACGCCCCCGACGACUACUGCAGCAGCCCCCAGUGCGACCCUUGAAGCUCCUAAGCCCACGGUCAACACGUUGGAAGGCGGAUUCGUCGGAAGCCCCUUGAAGAAGCAGCGAGCCAGCGUCUCGCAAGCGGACGAGCAUGCCAUACGUCGGCGUAUCGAGUCCGGGCUCUCUCAACAGGUCAGCGGCGUCCUCAACAGUGCCGGAACCGAAAAUCCGCCUGCCCCUGGAACAGAUGCUAAAGCUUUCGGAGAGAGUCUCCAGCAACCUCAACCUCAACCAACGAAGCAGCAGGACGAGGAAGAGCUAAUAGUUCCCGCCAUGCCGUUAGCACGCUCAUCCGAUCCCCUGGUGUGGAUCGACUGCGAGAUGACCGGACUGGAUGCCGAGAGUGACCACAUCCUGCAAAUCUGCUGCUUUAUCACCGACGCCGACCUACAGCUACUGGACUCUACGGGGUUUGAGACGGUGAUCCACCAGCCGAAGUCGACUAUGGACCAGAUGAACGCCUGGUGCAUCGACACCCACGGUCGCACCGGGCUCACGGCGGCCGUGCUGGCCUCGUCGGUGACGGCGGAGACGGCGGCGGCCGAACUGCUGGCGUACAUCCAACGAUUUGUGCCCAGGCCUCGAACCGGUUUGUUGGCGGGCAACAGCGUCCAUGCAGACAAGGCCUUCUUAGCGCGGGGCCCGUACGCGGCGGUCCUGGAGUGGUUACACUAUCGCAUUGUGGACGUGAGUACCAUCAAAGAGGCAGCCCGACGAUGGGGAUCGGACGAUCUACUGGAAUCGGUACCUCCGAAGCGUGAGGUGCAUCUGGCAAAGGACGAUAUUUUGGAAAGCAUCGAGGAGAUGCGAUUCUACCGGCAACAGCUGUUUAGUGGGGCCGGACGGAGUGGAUGA